AUAUCUUCUACCAACAUGGUGCACUUUAAUCAUCUCCAGCACGGCCGGUACAGAAUAUUCCGAGCUAACAAACCUACUGCUCAACAACCGAAGUCCUGUCAUCGGUGAGCUCCACGUCACGCUCAUUACUAACAGCAAGAAUGCUUUCGUUUGGGAGAAACCUGAACGCAACUCGCGGCGUUCUUCACAGAGGAACUUCUGCGAACUUCUUCUCUCCACGUCCCGCUUCGGUCGGGUCGCUUCUGUGCACAAAUCCCCACAGGAAGUCCUCGGGUAAACGGUUCAAUGUGCCGCCCAGCGCCGAGUUUGUUGCCCGGGUGUCGGGGAUCCCCACCAUGGCCAAGUUACCGUACCAGGAGACGGCGGACGGGCUCGAUGCGGCGUUCAUCGGGGUCCCCAUCGACACCGGGACGUCCAACCGACCCGGAGCGAGGUUUGGUCCUAGGCAGAUCCGAGUGGAAUCUGCCUUGUUGAGAUCGUACAACAGUGGCACCAGGGCAGCGCCUUACGAGUCCCUCAUGGUGGCUGACAUCGGGGACGUCAAUGUGAAUGUGUACGACCUGAAGGACACCUGCAAACGCAUCAGAGACGCCUACAGGACGAUCCUGGCCACUGGCUGUAUUCCUCUGACUAUGGGUGGCGAUCACACGAUUGCAUAUCCGAUCCUGCAGGCUGUUGCUGAACAGCAUGGCCCAGUGGGUCUGGUCCACGUGGAUGCUCAUGCGGACACCAGUGACGUGGUCUUGGGGGAGAAGAUUGGACACGGGACUCCGUUCAGACGUUGCGUGGAGGAAGGGCUCCUGGACUGCAAGCGAGUGGUCCAGAUCGGCCUGCGCGGUACAGGCUACUCAGCGGAUUCGUACGAGUGGAGCCGGUCACAGGGUUUCCGCGUGGUCCAAGUGGAAGAGUGCUGGUUCAAGUCGCUUUCCCCCCUGAUGGCCGAGGUGAGGGCCCAGAUGGGCAGCGGACCAGUUUACCUCAGUUUCGACAUCGACGCUCUUGACCCGGGCUUCGCCCCCGGGACAGGCACGCCAGAGAUAGCGGGGCUUACUCCCGUGCAGGGAGUUGAGAUUAUUCGGGGCUGCCGUGGUUUAAACCUUGUUGGAUGUGAUCUUGUGGAGGUUUCUCCCCCCUACGACACCACAGGGAACACCGCACUGACUGGUGCCAACCUCCUUUUUGAAAUGCUGUGCGUCCUCCCAAAAAUUAAAUAUUUUGAUUAGGAAAGACAUCACAGAUUAAAUAAAGGACUAAAUUAGGUUGCACACAAAAUUUCACUCAUUUAAUAUCACUGUGUAAACAUUCAGUCCUUGAAAUGCUUGUUUUGUUUACCAAUCAUACAUAUGCAUAGAUAUAUCUAAUAUAUCUAUGAACAUCUAACGAGACAAACAAAUAUUUAGCCCCAACAAGAGAGAGUGUCUUCUACAAACUUCCUCCUUUGGCUGCAGCUUUGUGGAAAAAUAUAAUAUGACUGACUUAAACUUUCAAUGUGGGCCACUGCCAACCCAGCUCUCAUUUCCAAGAGGGUAUUAAUACACACACACACACACACACACACACACACACACACACACACUCUACCUUUUCAACUGACAUGAAGGGCAAAGUGUGAAUAAUUCUGGAGGAUUUACAGAGUCUCCAUCUUCUCUUUGCAGAUAGGCCCAACGUGAAUGAGCCAUUGAUCUUUAUCAUGUGUGGCUGUCAGGCAGCACAUCUUUGAUAAACCGGCUAAAGUACAACGUGUCAGUGAAGUCCCUCUGGUUCUUGCUGUAGAAAGUUUAAGAUGGAUUUAGGAUGAAAAGCAGGCAUGGUGAUGCCUGGCUGGAUGUCCUCCAGCCUGCCUGUAACGGUAGCAACUAAGACAUUUGUCCUUCUUGAAAAGGAUCAUGAAAUAUCAUGGACAUCUUCCACAGUUCCACAAUCUUGAUGACCUCAGCAAAUAUAUUUUUGUUUUAAUCAAAAUGCCUUGAAAAACAUUCUCUCUGAAUGAAUGUUGUGUGCCUGUAGGAGAGUUUUGUCCUCAUCAGUGGGCCGAUGAAAGAAGGCGGCGAUGUAAAUGAGGAAGUGUCUCAACCAGGCAUGCCCCAAGAGGCGUAUUUCUAGAAGCACAAAAUGAUGCUUUAUUUAAAAAGAAUUAAAACAUUAUAGGACAUCAACUGUGUGACACGGUAGAAUACCUCAUGUGUGUUGUGCACAUGUGGGCGGUGAAUAUCAAUGCUGUCUUUUAGAGUUGGUUUUGGCAAACAGGCACAUAGUUUAAAUAAAAUAAACGUUUUGCAAAGAAAAUAAGUGUAAACUUCCAGCCAACAGGGAGACGAGAGCUGUUGCAGAAGAAUUAGCCAAUUCUGUAUUCCUGCAUAACAUAAUUUUUUUAAUUCUGCUUUGCUUUAUCUAAAUGAUGUAUUUCCCAUUCUGUAUAAUUGUUCACCAAACCUUUAAAACGUAUAGCGGCCUUUGUGGAGCAGUGCCCUCGACUUUAUCAUGGAAGUCCAGGCCAAUUUGAAACAAAGUAGAAACAAUUUCCUCUGCUUCAGCAUCCGAGACCACAUCUUAAACGUUUAUAAGGGCCAUUGAAUAAAACCAUAAUGACUGCAAUAAAGGGCCAUUUGCAGUAAUAGCUGUUGCAUCACCUGGAGCGCGUCGUCAUGUCCGAGGGCGCUAGUGUAUAACAAAAAGCCCGCAUUACAGUUGACAUUACAUUACUGGGGACGGGUAGUGAGACAUUAGUACUUGUGAGGCAGGGAUGGUGGAACUAGGUACGAUAUUAGUUCCAUUAAAGGAAGUGUAGGAUUAGUGUUUUCCAUCGUGACACACAUUGGGGGCUAAAGGUCAGCGUAUGGCCAUCUCACACGGAACAUUUGUUGUGGCAAUUGCGUUUGUUUUCGGCGAUUAAAACCGACUCGAACUUGGUCGAACUAAACAAUUUCAGCAACACGGGCGAAAUAAUAGUGUUUCUGUUUUUACCUGGUUGGUCGGUUGUAUCUGCUGUACAGAUAAGUGGUUUUAUUCUUCAGUGUAAUGGCCCUCCAGUAGAGAGCCCUAAAUGCUGAAGUUGACUGUAUUUAGCUAUUAGAGAAUAGUCCAAAAGUCCGUCGCUGGCGUCAGCGCAGCAGCUCCUGAGAAGGAUCUCUUUUAACAACAGCAGGAUUCCACAAAACCCUCAUUUGACUUGAAUGGAUUAAGUAAUACUGUGAGUGGAGUGGAACUUUGUUUCGGGAAAGCC